AUGAUGGUUCACCUGCUCUGCCUUUUCCGUUUGCUAGCGUGGCCCGUCGGACAGGAGCCGGUGGCCACCCAGGAUGCCCGUGGCCAGCCGCUGGCCUGGACCUUUUCCCCCCCCCUCGGCAGCUCGGACUCCACUGAUAAUUUUGAGACCCCUGAAGCAGAAACACCAACCUGCUCGCCAGUCAAGGAGUUCUGCAAGCCACCAGGAUCACCAGGGAGCCAAGAGCCAGGUGGACACGGGGACCUGCUGCUAGGGGGAUCCCACGGGGACAGCUCGCCCGGGAAACACCCCAAAGAUGAGGCUCCAGCAGAGAUCGGAGCCCCCAAAGGCACUCUGGAUGCUAAAGGGGAAAGUGCCCCUGACAAUUCGCCCCUGAUGCAGCCCCUGGCAGGGCUGGGCUGCAGGGCUGACCCUGGGCAYGCCACUGUGCCCACUGCAGGGUCAGAGCCCGAGCCCCACGUGGGCACAGCCAGCGGGGAGCUGCCCGUGCCAGGAGGGGACACGGCACACGCUGGCACGGGGCUGGCACAGCUCGGGGCUGAGAGCCUGGCCCAGGAGCAGCUUGGCAAAGGGAAAACGCCCUCRCUGGGGAGGAAGACAGAGGAAAGCACAGAGGAGAGCCGAGAAUCCUCUCAGCUGGAGCCUGAGCAGCACGAGAGCAGCGUGAGCCCCUUUGGGGCCGGGCACUGCCCCCUCCAGAGCUCUGCCCCACAACGCCUUCCCCAUCCCAGUGAGCCCGGGGGGGACCCGGAGGCCACGGGGAACCUCUCAAAACCUGAGGCUGAAUUUAGGGAGGUGAAAGAGAACGUGGAGGCCAAGCCAGCUUCACCCAGGAGGGGCAGCAGGAUCCCAGCCAGCAAGCUGACACCAAAGAGACACCGAGAGUCCCCCAGGAAGGCGGCUGAGGAUGUGCAGAGGGGUCCUGUGGAGCCACCACCGCCCCGGGGCUCUCCCGAGUGCUGGGACAGCUCCAAUCUCAGCUCUCUCAGYGGCAGCUCAGCGCUGCACCAUUUGCCAGCUCUCCCCAAGGGCUCUUACCAGUUUGACCCCAAUAACUUUGACUCCGUGGAUCCCUUCAWGCCCACCAAGACGCUCGCCAGCAGCGACGCCGACUCUUGCUCCACKGCAGACAACAGCCUGAAUGAAAUCCUUGAAUCCCAGACUCUGGAGAUGCAGGAGGAGGCACUGAAAGGCAGAGACUCCCCCAAGAAGCCCAAGUCACGGCUGAUAACGACUACUGAACAAGUGAAAUUUCUCUGUUUUCUGUUGAGCGGCUGCAAGGUCAAACAGCACGAGACACAGCCCCUGGGCCUGGAUGUCAGCGCUCAGAGGGGAGAACACCCCAAAGAGGGGCGGUGGGUCCAAAGGAACCCCCCCAAUCCCAGCUGGACAAUUCCCCAGGACAAUCCCAGGCUGUGCUCCGUGGACAAAGACCCCGCUGUCAGCAGGAGUGACCUGGGUGGCAUCGGCCUCAGCGAGCCCGACAAGGCAGCGGUGCUGACACUCAUCAGGGAGGAGAUAAUCACCAAGGAGCUGGAGGCCAACGAGUGGAAGAGGAAAUACGAGGAGAGCCGGCAGGAGGUGUUGGAGAUGAGGAAAAUCGUGGCUGAGUACGAGAAGACCAUUGCCCAGAUGAUCGAGGAUGAGCAGAGGACAAACAUGACAUCUCAGAAGAACCUGCAGCAAAUCACCAUGGAGAAGGAGCAGGCUCUGGCAGACCUGAACUCGGUGGAGAGGUCCCUGUCGGAUCUGUUCAGGAGAUAUGAAAACCUGAAGGGYGUCCUGGAAGGAUUUAAGAAGAAYGAGGAGGCUCUGAAGAAAUGUGCUCAGGAUUAUCUAACCCGUGUCAAGCAGGAGGAGCAGCGGUAUCAGGCCCUSAAAGUCCACGCAGAGGAAAAAUUGGACAAAGCCAACGAGGAGAUCGCCCAGGUCCGUGCCAAGGCCAAGGCCGAGAGCACAGCGCUGCACGCGGGGCUGCGCAAGGAGCAGAUGAAGGUGGAGUCCCUGGAGAGAGCUCUGCAGCAGAAGAAUCAGGAGAUCGAGGAGCUGACCAAGAUCUGYGAUGAGCUGAUAGCGAAGCUGGGGAAGUCAGACUGAUCUCCUCGCCCCUCGGCCGCUUCUCCCUGACCUGAGCUCCUGCCUUACCCCGCUCCCUCAGCACAGCUCCGUGUCCUGCUCGGCUGCAGGAGCUGUGGGCACUGCCCAUCUGCACAGUGCCAGCUCUCAGCUGGAGGUGACAGCCUGGGCUCUGUCCCCUGGCUGGGCUGGCUCUGUUGUGUCCCCACUCCUGUCCCUCACUGUGCUCAGCAGAGCAGCCUGGCAGCCCUGGGUCCUGCCCUGGAUGUGGGGGAUGCCCAGGGUGCCCUGGGGAAGGGGACGAUGUGGGUGAUGCCCAGGGUGUCCUGGGGACAGGGACAAUGUGGGUGAUGCCCAGGGUGCCCUGGGGACGGGGACGAUGUGGGUGAUGCCCAGGGUGCCCUGGGGACAGGGACGAUGUGGGUGAUGCCCAGGGUGUCCUGGGGACGAUGUGGGUUAUGCCCAGGGUGCCCUGGGGAUGAUGUGGGUGAUGCCCAGGGUGCCCUGGGGACGAUGGGGGUGAUGCCCAGGGUGCCCUGGGGACGGGGAUGAUGUGGGUUAUGCCCAGGGUGCCCUGGGGACGAUGUGGGUUAUGCCCAGGGUGCCCUGGGGACGGGGACGUGGCCCCUGGACGGUCACUGCUCGGUGGGUGCAGCCCAGCACAGCGUCUCCCUGCCCCUGUGCCAGCUCGGAGGGAGGGACAGAGCUGACAUCUCUGCAUUCCUGCACUUUAUGAGCUUUUCUGGGCACUYGGGCUCUGCUCACGCCUUCCACUCAGGCACUGCUGCUCCUCCUCCCCAGAGCCACCUCAGGGCAGUGACCUCAGUCCUGGGCAGGGACACUCGAGCUGAGGGGCAGCAGAGGCUGCACUGAGAGGUGUUUGAGGAACAGGGGAGAUGUUGGUUCUGGGGGGCUGGCACUGCUAAAUCCACGCUGGCACUGUCCAUCAACACUGGCACUGUC